AUGGCGUCGACACCCGUGCAUUCUCAUCCACUUUUGCCCGAGGAACUUCCUUCAAGAGGCCGUCGAAGUCGUGCUCAGCCAAGCAGCAGUGAUGUGCGGCCAGCUUCGACCGCAAACUACUUCACCUUGAAGGCCCAGCUGGAGCAGGAUGCCUCGGACUCGCCGAACUGGGAUGGGAGUGUUCGCGGAUACGGGAAGACGGAGAAGAGGGGCCCUAUAGAGGUGAAUAGGACGCCGUCGUCGAGUCUGUCGGCUUUGUGGGAUAGGCAACCGACUACCACCAGCAAGACACCUCCCCUUUUCAUCGUCGGGUCGGCACACGACCGGUCAGUAACUCAAGGCAACCCGGAAGUCCUGAUAACGGGCGAUUCGGAGCUCGAAGGCGUGCCGUCUGCGGUGUCUGGUCAGAUCCUGGCAACAAAAUGGCAUACGUACUCCGACGAGGCUAUUCAGACGGCGAUCUCGAAAGUCGGGCCGUCUGAAUCUCCUGCAGACGCUCCGAAUCAUCCAUACCACACCGCUUUACGCGUCCUGUCAUCCGCAGUUCAAAACUUGUCGCGUGCCAGGCUCGAGUUAGAGGAGGCGAGGAAGGCCCUUCAGGAGAAGGAGGUCGUGAGGCGGAAGCGGGCAGACGAGCUGCUGAAGGAGCUGAGGCCGUCGGAGCAGGAGAUUGCGAAACGUGUCGUACAGUCGUUAUUCACGGACGAUGACGAGACGGAGCACCAGGUACAUCGAAAGCAGAGUGCUCUGUCUCUCGCGGAAUCGCUGGCUGAGGCGGUGGCAGAUGAAGUACCUCUUUCGAGGAGUUUGCCUGACUCACGACCCCAUCCUCUAUCGCCGAUGGCGGAGGAGACCUCCGCUCUGCUUGAUGAGCCUUCAGAAGUGGAGGUGUCUACCCCGAAGGAAAGCGCGCCCAUACCGACACUAGAAGACGACGGACCCGGCGAACCGACAAUUGUACCGUCGAAACUGAAGCAAGAACGUCCUUCCAUAGGAGACUGGAUGGGUACGUGGUGGAGCAAAGGGAAACCUCGAGAGCGAAUGCCCGCAGGAAGCGACGAAGGACCACCGCCACCCCCUCCUGAGGCACCUCCAAACGGGCUCGCAAUCAAACGUGCAAACAGACGGCGAUCAGCAAAGAGCGUCUUUGGCACUCUUGGAAUCUCCAUUCUAAACCCUUCUCUGCCCUCGUCUUCGGCAUCGAGCAGACGCUCUGUUGUCGUAGAUGACACUGCAGCUUCGGAUACUACUUCUAUAAAAUCUGGCAGGUCCGGAAAGUCAGGACGGUCAGCUAGGUCCGCAUAUACGAACACAUUCUCUACUGCUGCGUCAGCACUUUCUUCCCCCAUCCAAAUUUCCUUCGCCCCUUCUCUCGCGGUUCCCCUUAUCACCACCGUUAUCGAAAGCAUCACACCAACGCAACCUCUCUCUACAAAGGGUUCUUCAACCGAAGAACCACCCUAUCUCGUCAUGCAAGGUGCUACGUUGCGGGCAAUAGCGAAUGCCACCCGAGUCAUGACGAAUGACCCCAGCAGCGUCCUCGCCGACCAAGGGAAGGAAACCAGCCCACUCAUUGCCCAACUGGCACUCGACCUCAUAAGGAAUGCACGAGACGAAGGUGUUACUUUCCGCGAACGUCCCAAGGAAUGCAAGGAAGCCAAACCAGCGGACCAUCCAACGGAAGUCGUCGAUAGGUCAGGUGUGACAGCUACGAUGAGCCCUGCCACUGGAUCAGCGGACGCUGCCAUGAUCCUGAACAGGACGUUGACGGCACAGACGGAGGGGUUGAAGAAGCACAAGACCAGGAAAACGAGCAUCAUGCAGGUCUCCUCACCGUUUGCGUCUCCGCUGUUUGGUUCUUUCAUGGCACAACAGCAGAAAAAGCCGCUUAGUGUCGCUAUUGGAAGCUCGUCUAGUGCUAGAAAUGAUGUCUCGGCAAGCACCCCUCGAGCGAAUGGACCAAGUACGACUUCUGUUGCCACAACCUCAACGGUCAGGAAACCCUUGUCAGUGCCUCUAGAGUCGAUAAUCCCGGCCACAGCAAAGCCUCCAACGCAAUACCUUUCGAGAACGUACACUCCUCUUACCGCCCGCGACUUCCGUUUCACGAUUCCUCUACCUCAGUCCGCGUCAAAAUAUACCAUCUAUCAUGGAGAGAAGGACCAUCGACCUCUGACUGAUCGGUAUGGAUUCAUGUACGACGUCUCGCAAUAUGAUGUCCUCCUACUCCUUCGAGCCAAGGAGUGCGGGAACACGGCUCCUGCGUGUUUGACGGGCGUCAAGAUUGCAGAUCGGGAAGAGAAUAACAGCUGGCCGGAUGAUGAAGAGGAAGAGACGAGGACGGCGGCCCAAUACGGGGCAGGAACACCAUUCAGAUCGUCAAGGGCGCGUGCUCGUGCAACAGACUCAAAGUCGAUCAGCAUCAAGUCGCGUUCGUCGUCCAAGAGCAGGCGUCGUUCAUCUGUCGCGACCUCUGGCGCUACGUCUUCUCCCUUAGUGGCAUCAACUACUUCCAUCCUCUCCGUGAACUCGGACACCCCGCGACAUGCGUGUGCUAACACGGUGCGGCACCUGUUGAACGAGUUGACCGAGAUACACGACCAGCGACAGGCGGCCCGUCGGAAGGAAUGGGAUGCAUUUGUCAAGCAGAGGAGUAAGGCCAAGCAUAUGAAGGUGAACACGGGCACGUCGACUGCUUCAUCUGUCGCUGCAGGUCUUGGUGCCGGCGGUGCUGCUGCCAUCCUAGGACUAGGCACGGAAGGAGAGGAGGACGAGCUCUCACACAGCGAGGGUCUUAUUGGAUUCGCGCAGCUUGGACUAUCGGCUAACAGGGAUGUACGGAGAGAGUUUGACAGGCUGGUCCGUAAUGGGAUACCGCUGGUUUACCGGUCGAAGGUGUGGUUGGAGUGCAGUGGUGCGCUGGAGAUGAAGGAGCCGGGCCUGUUCCAGGACCUCCUGGCUCAGGUUGAUGGGUCGGAUAGCGUUGCGCACGAGAUUGAGAAAGAUGUUGGGAGGACGAUGCCGUUGAAUAUCUUCUUUGGAGGCGACGGAGCGGGCGUGGACAAGCUACGGAGGGUGUUGAUUGCCUACAGUCGCCGAAAUCCAGCGGUUGGUUAUUGCCAAGGCAUGAACCUCAUCACGUCGACCUUGCUUCUCGUGCACGCAGAUGAGGAAGAAGCUUUCUGGAUGCUUUGCGCCAUCGUCGAACGAAUACUUCCAGAGGAUUUCUUUUCUCCAUCUCUCCUUCCUUCCCGAGCUUGCCCCCUUGUUCUCCUGGAUUACGUUCAAGAGCUCACGCCAAAACUUCACUCUCAUUUGACGGACCUUGGAGUCGAUCUCGCAGCGAUCUGCUUCUCUUGGUUCCUUUCUCUCUUCACGGACUGUCUCCCCGUUGAGACUCUUUUCCGGAUAUGGGAUCUAUUCCUCGUUGAUGGCCUUGACACGCUGUUCCGCAUCGCUCUUGCAAUUCUCCGCAGCAAUGAAGCCGAACUUUUGCGAUGUGAAUCCAUUCCGGCGGUUUAUGUCUCUCUUGAAAACCUACCUACGCGGAUGUGGGAGCCAGACAAGUUACUUCAGCUGGAAGCCGAUCUCCGAGGCUCACUUGUCCAUUCUCAAAUCGUCGCGAAACGCGAGGCACACGUCACCACGUUGAAGCAGCUCAUUGCAUAA